AGCACAAGGUCUUCAAAACACAUCCAUCGAAAAUAAGCACAAGCACAAGGUCUUCAAAACACACACACACACACACAACAUCGAUCGAGGUAGUUAGAGAUGGCCGGACGAGAUGACCUGAAGCUGCUCGGCACAUGGCCAAGCCCGUUUGUUACCAGGGUGAAGCUGGCACUCGCCCUGAAGGGCCUGAGCUACGAGGACGUGGAGGAGGACCUGUACAAGAAGAGCGAGCUUCUCCUCAAGUCCAACCCGGUGCACAAGAAGAUACCAGUGCUCAUCCACAACGGCGCCCCGGUCUGCGAGUCCAUGAUCAUUCUGCAGUACAUCGACGAAGUGUUCGCCGGCACCGGCCCGUCCCUUCUCCCAGCGGACCCCUACGAGCGCGCCAUUGCUCGCUUCUGGAUGGCCUACGUUGACGACAAGCUGGUAGCCCCAUGGAGGCAGUGGUUGAGGGGCAAGACAGAGGAGGAGAAAUCCAAGGGAAAGAAGCAGGCGUUCGCGGCGGUGGAGAUUCUUGAAGGAGCCCUGAGGGAAUGCUCCAAGGGAGGGGGCUUCUUCGGCGGCGACGGCGUAGGGCUCGUCGACGUAGCGCUGGGAGGCGUGCUGUCGUGGAUGAAAGUGACCGAGGUGCUGUCCGGUGACAAGAUUUUCGAGGCCGCCAUUGCUUUUAACAUUACUCCUUCAAAUUCUGUUAGUACGUUAUUUGGAACGUGUCUUGUUGGGAUAGAGUCCGAAACAGCUAGACACAUUCUUGUAGGAGUAUGUGCUUUUUUGAGGGCAAUUUGGAACUGCAGAAAUGAUUCGGUUUUUAACAGAACAACAAAUAUUUAUUUUUUGCAGGUUUUAUUCCGAGCCACUGCGCUGAUCCGUAUGUGGUCGUUACUCACUCCGACGGAGGCCAACGAGCGUUUGUUACUGGAUCUAUCUGGUGGGAGAUGGUAGCACGGGAUAUCUUCAACCGGUUUGGAUGACGGUCAUGUAAUAGGAUAGGCGAUUAGUUGUCCUAUCUUUGUUAUGCUAGCCGGUUGUGGCCUCUUGGCUUUUGUGUUUUUGGCAUUGUGGCUCUUUGUGAGCUUGCCGUUACUUUUGUUUGAAACUGUAAGACCUUAUUUGAACCUAUUUGCUUAUUUAUUAAGGUGGCCGUAUGCAUCGUUCUGAUGCAGAGGCCGGGGAGUCCUCCUUUUCGAAAAAAAGUGAGCCGCUAGCACAUAUCUAGAAUAAUUAAAAUUUGUUACUUUUAAA